UCCGGGGGGGGCGCCUUGCCUUAUUACCUUGAAGAGAUGCAAGAGCCCGUGUCAGUAUAACCAGGGCAGACAACAGAUUUAUUAAUAUCCCUCCAGCACAUUCAACGUGUGUUGGACCCUCGAUUACCAUCAAUUCGAACUCAGACGCCCAGCAGAUUGCGAGCUGACAAACUUACAAUGGAGACGUUACCAUCAACUCCUCGGCGUCAGGGCAGAUAGCAUUAGACGGCAUACAGGAGACCAAUGGAGACUUGACCUGCAGAGACGCUAGACUACUGACAGCGAUUACCUCCGACCAGCUUAACACGAUUACCGGCACAUUUGGGCUAUAUGGCCUCACCAUCAUGUCAACCCUUCAGUUCGAUUCGCUUACCGAUGUUAGCAGCAUCCACUGGGACUGUCUUCCUGCUCUACAAGGGCUCAAUUUUGCAAAAGGAGUCUCGAAACUGAAAUAUAUCUACAUUAACAAUGCUCAGCUGAACAGUUUAAGCGGAUUCGCGCCGACUACUCUAACUAGUAUCGAAGGCGAUAACAAUCCAUAUCUUGCAAACGUUAACCUGAACGGCGUGAAAAACAUUAAAUGGGCGACGUUCUCGAUUAAUGCGGCUAAUCUGGUGGUCUCCUUUGCCGACCUCGAGGAAGGGGAGGAUUUCGGUUUUAACGACAUGGGCGGCCUUUCUCGACCAUCGCUGCCUAAAGGCUCCGGGUCCAUGGGAAUUUCUCGUAACCUUCUCGAGAGUCUGGACAUGGCAGCCUUGACCGGGAUAGGCGGCACAUUAGAGGUGGCUGAUUCCCCUUUUUUAAGCACUCUGUCUUUUUCCCUCCUUGUCGCAGGUUGGUGGCGGGUUGUACAUCGGGAAGAACAUCAGGCUCGACGCGAUUGAUGGAUUUCCGCAGCUUCAGACUGUGAUCGGAGCAUUAUUUCUGGGCGGAACGUUUGAUAGUGUCUCGUUCCCAAGGGUUACUGACGUCGGG